AUGAGCUCGUCCGGAGGCCCGUCGGGACCGUCAACGUCAACGGCUGGCGGUUCAGGCCAGGCGUCCGAGCAGCAGCCGGUAGCCGGCCCGAGCAAUGCGGCUCUCGUUCCUGCUGCUCCGGACGUUCAGCCGAUGGAGCUGAUUGGUCGGCCCACGAACGCCAAGUACGGCACGCUGGGCCGGCCGGUGAAGGUGCUGGUGAAUUUCUUCAAGGUGGAUUUGCGCAUCCCCGACAAGCCUCUCGUCCUCUACGACGUGCGGUUCUCCAAGGAUGUGCGCAGCAUGGUGGUGCGGAGGGCAAUGAUGAAAGCCAUGUACGACCAGCACCCGGCGGCCUUCCCCCAGGACACUCUCCCCCUGCUGGCAUACGACGGCCAGAACGCCCUCUUUGCCCUGCGUCCUCUCAAGAUCCAGUCGCCCCAGGCGUUCCCUAUCAAGAUUAUGGACGAGCGACCCGCGCCAGCAGCGCGAGGCGACGACGGCGAGGCGGCACUGAAGAGGCCGCGCAAGGAAGAUUCGAGGCCGCCGCGAAUCAAGGACGAGCUGGAUAUCACUCUCACGCAGGUGGCGGAGGUAGAUCUCAAGGACAUCAAGGCGGCCAUCACCCCAGCGGGCACCUCUGCUCCUGUCUUUGCCCCGGACGCCCUUCGGGCUCUCGAUGUGAAGCUGCGGGACUAUGCUGCCCAGCGCUUCCUGCUGGUCAAGGACAAGUUCUUUGACAAGAGCUUUGGUCGAGUGGCCCCUCUCCCGGGUGGCAUCGAGGCAUGGACGGGGUUCAACGUGAGCUUCAGGCCCAUCCACAACGCGCUGGCGCUCAACCUCGACGUUGUGACGGCAUGCAUGGUGCAGCCCAUCCCCGUGCUGGACCUGCUCGGGUCCCUCCUCAACCGCAACCCGCCCGACCGCCUUUCUGACGCGGACAGAAUCCGGCUGAAGGGCAUUCUGAGGAACCUGAGGGUGGCUGGAAAGCCGAGCGGACAGAAGCACAAGGUGUAUGACCUCACACGCGAGGGGGCUGCUGACCUCAGGUUCAACAACCGGCGCAACAACGAUGAGAGCCAGAGCGUGGCGGAGUAUUACGAGCUGCAGCACGGCAUCACCCUGCGCUUCCCCCACCUGCCCUGCAUUUCUGCCUCCAACCGGCCAAACAGGCCCUGCUGGGUGCCCCUGGAGCUCUGCAGCGUGGUGGAUGCACAGAGGUACCUGCGCCAGCUGACGCCCCAGCAGGUGGCAGCCAUCGGCAAUCUGCGACUCAAACCCGACAAGCGCCGCAAUGACAUUGCCAACGCGGUGGGAGCAGCGGGGCUGGCAAACAACCCUCUGCUGGAGGCCUUUGGCAUGCGCAUCCAGCCCAACAUGAUGCAGGCCGAUGGCAGGCAGCUGGAGCCACCCGUUCUGCAGUUUGGUGAGAAGGGCACCAUGCAGCCUCGGGACGGGCAGUGGAACAUGAACGAUAAGCGCAUGUUUGCACCCGCCAAAAUCGGGACGUGGGCAGUGGUGUGUUUCGACCACCGUGUGAGGGACCCCAUGCAGGUGGCGACUGCUCUCAAGGAGUGCUGUGCGCGCAAGGGGCUGGUGAUCGAGAGCCGCCCAGAGGUGAUUGUGGAGGACACGCGCAGAGAGGCGCCUGAGAAGCUGGUGGAGCGGGUGAUCGCGCGCCUGAAGCAAUCCAAGCCUGCUUUUAUUCUGUGGAUCCUGGAAGUGCGGAAGACGAGCCUGCUGUAUGCGCCCAUCAAAAAGCUGUGUGAUACAGUCAUAGGCGUGCCCACGCAGUGCAUCGUACAGCCACCCGGAAAGGGCUUUAACGACCAGUACCUCACCAAUGUGGCUCUCAAGAUGAACAUGAAGAUGAGGGGAGUCAACUGGGUGCUCACAAACAGGCGGGCCAUGCGCCCCCUCAGUGAGAUGCCCACCAUGGUCUUUGGCCUCGACGUCUCCCACGGCGCUCCGGGCAGCCACGCUCCCUCCGUCGCUGCAGUGGUUGCAUCCAUGGAUCCCGAAGCCAGCAAGUACGCGGUGCGGAGGCGCGCGCAGCACAGGAGGCAGGAGACAAUUCUUGGCCUCUUCGAUUCAGAAAGUGCCAAUGGCGGCAUGCUUUGUGAGCUGAUGAACGAUUUUGGCCAGGCUAACAAGAUGGGGCCCAGGCGCAUCAUUGUGUUCCGAGACGGCAUCAGUGAGUCGCAGUUUUCAACGGUGGGGACGACAGAGCUACAGGCGUUCCGCAAG